GCCAUGGCAGGAAAUGUAAAUGGAAGAGUUGAUGCAGUCAACAAUGGGAGAUCACUGUAUGGGCUGUAUCCCUAUAAGUCCAGCAUGAUCAGGUUGGAGGGGCUGCAGAACCCCUCUGAUGACUGGGAUAUUGUGGAGACCAUUGGGGAGGGAACUUAUGGCAAAGUCUACAAAGUCACCAACAAAAAGGAUGGAAGUCAAGCAGCAGUGAAAGUUCUGGAUCCUGUUAAUGAUGUCGAUGAGGAGAUUGAAGCAGAGUACAACAUUCUGCACUCACUUUCGAACCAUCCUAACGUAGUAAAGUUCCUCGGCAUAUUCUACAAAGCUGACGAGUUCACUGGAGGACAGCUGUGGUUGGUUCUAGAGCUGUGUAAUGGGGGUUCAGUAACAGAACUUAUAAAGGGUUUGCUGAAGAGGGGGAAACGUCUGGAGGAGCCUGUCAUCGCUUACAUCCUCUGUGGCGGUCUGUUGGGCCUGCAACAUCUGCACAACAACCGAAUAAUCCAUCGAGAUGUCAAGGGCAACAAUAUCCUGCUCACCACAGAUGGAGGAGUCAAGCUGGUGGAUUUUGGUGUAUCGGCUCAGCUGUCGACUGCACGCUUGCACAGGAAUACGUCAGUUGGAACGCCUUUCUGGAUGGCUCCUGAGGUGAUUGCAUGUGAGCAGCAGUUGGAUUACUCCUAUGAUGCCCGCUGUGAUGUGUGGUCUCUUGGCAUCACUGCUAUCGAGCUGGCUGAAGGAGAUCCACCACUCGCUGAGAUGCAUCCUGUAAAAGCUUUGUUUAAAAUACCAAGGUGA